AUGUCUUUGGAGGCAAAGAAGGACGGUUCUCACCCCCAGCAUCUCGAGCCCAGCGAGUUAGGGACGAAGGAAUACUGGGAAUCGUUCUACGACAACUCACUCACCCAUUAUCUGUCUACUAAACGAGAUGGAAGGACACGCCAUGAAAAGCAAGAUGAAGACGAAGACGAAGCAGCAGGAGACUCCGACUCCGACGUAGGGACGUCCUGGUUUACAGAACACAACGCUCCUCAAAAGGUGCUCGACUUCAUGGCCUCGGAGCGCUUCCCGCUCGCACCAGGUCAGUCGCGGACAGACAGCGGACAGCCUUCGAUUCUCGACCUGGGGACGGGAAACGGAAGCAUGUUGACUCUGCUACGCGAAGAAGGAGGGUUUGACGGCCCGAUGGUGGGAGUGGACUAUUCGAUCAAGAGCAUCGAGUUGGCUAGACGGCUGGUGGGCGAGACCGCUUCUGAAGGAAUACGGUUCGAGGUAUGGGAUAUUCUUGAUCCGAAGCACGAAGCGGACAUUCGCGAUGGUGUUUUUGGUAAGGAUGUGGACUGGUUCCCGUUCGAGGAGGGCGGGUUUGAUAUCGUGCUCGACAAGGGGACGUUUGAUGCUGUGUCCCUGUCCGGAGAAGGCGGGGACGAGAGGAUAUGCGAGAAGUACCCUGGUGUAGCGCUUCGGCUGGUGAAGGAGAGCGGGUUCUUUAUUAUCACCAGCUGCAACUGGACGGAGAGUGAGCUGGUGGCAUGGUUUACCGGCGGCGGUGAUGGCUUCAGGGUGUAUGACCGGGUUGAAUAUCCCAAGUUUCAGUUCGGCGGGCAAGAAGGGCAGGGAGUAUGCACGAUCUGUUUCCAGAGAGUACACGGAAGUAAACAGCAAUAG